CCAGUCGACUACCUUGACUUCCAUUAUUAUUAUUACUACUACUUUUGAUAUUAUUGUGUCCGCAAUGUUGUUGAUGUUGUUGCUAUUGUUGUAGUUACGAGAGGUACUAGGAAGAGGAAGAGGACGCACUGUGCGAAAAAACAAAUAGCGUUAUGGUUGUGAUACGUAAUUCUUUUAUUCGGAAGUUAUGUUCUUUAUAUUUUUAAACUACUAAAUGUCUUAACCGUCGAUGACUUCUAACUAUUGCGUGAUCAGUGUCACAACGCAUACUGCUUUUUUUCUACAGUGGGGCCCUCGCGUAGGGCCACUUACGGUCACCUUACUUAGGGAUUCGUAGGGAAGCUGUGUAGGGAAGAACCUCAGUUUGGUGUUGUAGGGCCCCUUAGAGACCCCCACAUAGUCGUAUAGCUGUAGCUAGAGACCACGUAUACAUUACUUUUUGUCAGUCGACAGUCUGUGUCAUUCUGCACCAUAUUUAGAGUAGUGCAUGAGAGUAUUCGAGGACCAAUAGUCGAAGGAUGACGAGUAAACUCUGGAUCGACGUUAUUACCCAGCCCUUUGGGCGCCUUUAGGUCUAUAUUCUGACCUCUAGCACCCGUAGAGUUGCGGUCCAAUGCACCCCUCCAGCAACCAUGUGUCUCUGACGCGACAUGAGUUAAAUCAUGAAAAAUUGAAAAGAUGAACUGUGAAAUCAAAUCAGGCAGGUAGGAGUGGGUGCUGGUCCUGCUUGAGUACUAUACAAGUAGUGGUACCUUCGUUAUAAUUCAGAGCCAUUUUGUGAGCGGAUACCAUACGGGUACUGUUAGUCAGUAUCAAACCUCAUUUCAAAACUACACCCUUAUAGAGCUCUAUACAGUUUUCUUCAUCUUUCUAACAUUAUGUAUCCUUCCUUUUCCCUCAAUAUUGUCGAGUAAGUUUUGCAUUAUUGUUUUCUGUUCUGAUCCACCUCUGUUUCUGUCUCCUUUUUUCUUCACAUCAACUCCAUCCAUCUUCACAAAUAUUUAUCGAUAUAUCUAUAGUUUGUCGUAUAUCUCUCGUCUCUUUUUGCUGCCUACCUCUACCUUCCUCUCUUGUUGUAGUUUUCCAGGUAUGUUUUUAACGGUGCCGUUACCACUCAUGCCGACCCUGCUGCUGCAGGAACCGCAGGACCAGCAGCAGGAGCAGCAGCAGGGUGCCUGCUCGGUGCCCUGCAGGAGGGGCCUCGGGGGCGCAGAGGGCUGCAGGGAGGGCUGCAGGAGGCCGUAGUCCGUUAGGCCCUCCGCGGGGUAGGCGGCGCGGGCGCCUGGCGCCUAGGGCCCCGCACGGGGUAGGCGGCGCCUAGGCGCCCCCUCCGGGCCGUCCGCAGGAGGUGCUGCGCGAUGCAAGCGGCCAUCUACAUUCGGGAGAAGCAGAGACUCCGGCGGAAGAGCAACUUCGCCAGGCGCGGCCGGCAGGAUCUGCCGAGCCACGUGGCCACGAGGGAGAUCGCCCCCUUCCCUCAGUACCCGCCGCACAACUGGGGCAAGGCGGCAUGGCAAGAGCGCGAGAGGGAGCGAGACAGAGAGCGCGGCGAGCGGCGGCCGUCGGCUUGCGAGGCGGGCAUCAACCACCGCGUCAAGUCUACCGAAGCCCGGCGGCGAUGGAUGCGCCGCAACAGGAUCCACGACACGGCCUUCGGCGGCUCCAGCUCCGACGAGGACGACAUCCCGUUCCCGUUCGGCCACGAGAGCGCGGCGGCCAACGCCCUGCUGUACGUCGGCCUCGGGACCGUGGCCGUCGGCAUGGUCAUCGCCUUCGUGGGCACGGGCGAGAAGGGCUUCAAGACGCUCGAGCUGCGCCUCAUCGGUCCCACGCUCAUCGCCGGCGGCGUCCUCUGCUGCCUGCUCAGGGUCAUGCUGUGCGUCUGCCCGUCCAAGUGUCUGCUGAAGCGUUUCCGGCAGCGUAGCCGACACAAGAAGCAGAUCAUGGCCCUGGAGGCGGCGGGCCGCAUCGCCAUGGGGCCCAUGGGCCGCAACAUACCGCCCCGCCACGGCCACCACGGCAUGCGGGGGACGGGCCUCUCCAGGUCGGGCUCCAGGGCGGGCUCCAAGUCGGGCUCCAGGCCCGGCUCCAGGCCCCCAUCAAGGGUGUCCAGGGCGCCGUCUGAGCUCAUACGGAGCCCAUCCGAUCCUAACGACCCCACGCAGGUAUCGGGUCUCAGGGGUAAGAAGCGCGUGUCUAUCGCGUCGGCGUCAGCCGGCCCCAGCGGCUCGGGGGUGGGCGCGGGCGUCCACAGGCCCGGGUCGUCCGGGCUGCCGUCCUCGCAGUCCUCGCAGGUGCUGGCCGCGACCUCGCUGUUCCUGCAGAACGAGCAGCAGACCUCGCAGGCCGCGAGGUCGGGCGGCGGGCGGCUCGGCCUGGGCUUCACCGUGCCCUCCAUCAACCUCCCGACGCUCGUCCGCGGCCGCACCAGCUCCGAGGACCUGGGCGACGGCUACAAGGACAGCGGCGUGCGCCGCCUGAGCCAGUCGUCCAAGCACCUGGGGUCCACGGGAGACCUGCCGCUGUUGGCCGCGGUGGACGUCGACGCGGACGGCGACGGCUUCGAGCUCGGGGACGUGGCCUCCUGCUCGUUCAACUCGGCGUUCAGCCCGGACGACUCCCGGCCCGGGCCCAGUUCAGCGCAGAGCACGUCGCUCGUGCACGCUCCGCACGCCAUCAUCGUCACCUCCCCGACGCCGUCCUCGUCGCCCCGGCCCGCCACCCGCACCGGCAGCGCCGGCAGCGGCGCCGCCUCGGGCCGCGGCGGCAGCGCGGGCAGCAGCGCCGGCGACAGAGACAGGCCCGCCAGGGAGAUCAUACUGAGCCCGGGAGGGUUGGGGCUGCAGUGACAAGACAGGCUUCAAGACUUUGCUUAACCAUAACGUGUAAUGAUGAUACCAACGAUAUCAAAAAUAACAAUUAUA